AUGUCUGUGGGAAACUUUUUCACUACAAUCAAGUUUGUCUUAGUGGGAUUAACACAGCAGCCAGAGCUCCAGCUGCCUCUCUUCCUCCUGUUCCUGGGCAUCUAUGUGAUGACUGUUGUGGGGAACUUGGGCUUGAUUGUCCUGAUUGCUAUCAGCCCUCUGCAACACACCCCUAUGUAUCAUUUCCUCAGUAACUUGUCCUUCAUAGAUCUUUGCUAUUUCUCUGUUAUUACCCCCAAAAUGCUGAUCAACUUCCUAGGGAAGAAGAAUAUGAUCCUUUAUUCUGAGUGCAUGGUGCAGCUCUUUUUCUUUGUGGUCUUUGUGGUGGCUGAGGGUUACCUCCUGACUGUGAUGGCAUAUGAUCGCUAUGUUGCUGUCUGUAGCCCUCUGCUCUAUAAUGUGAUCAUGUCCUCUCACAUCUGCUCAUUACUGGUGUUAUCUGCUUUCAUCCUGGGGUUUCUUUCAGCCUUGACUCAUACAAGUGCCAUGAUGAAACUGUCCUUCUGCAAAUCCCACAUCAUCAACCAUUACUUCCGUGAUGUUCUUUCCCUCCUCAAUCUCUCCUGCUCCAACACACACCUCAACGAGCUUCUGCUUUUCAUCAUUGCAGGGUUUAACACCUUAGUGCCCACUCUAGCUGUCCUCAUCUCCUAUGCUUUUAUCUUCUACAGUAUCCUUCACAUCCAGUCCUCAGAGGGACGGUCAAAAGCUUUUGGCACUUGCAGCUCUCAUCUCAUGGCUGUGGGGAUCUUCUUUGGGUCUAUCACAUUCAUGUAUUUCAAGCCACCUUCAAGCAACUCCCUGGAACAGGAGAAGGUGUCCUCAGUGUUUUAUACUACAAUAAUCCCAUUGUUGAACCCUUUAAUAUAUAGUCUAAGGAACAAGGAUGUAAAGAAAGCAUUGAGAACAACUUUGGUGAGGAGAUAA